UGUGUCUGCUGUGAAACCAUCAAGACGAACAGAAAGGAGUCAGGACAGCACCAAGACCAGCCCACCGACUCCCUGCAGCAGGUGUGCAGGCAGGACGCUGCAGGGCUGGACAGCACCAAGACCAGCCCACCGACUCCCUGCAGCAGGUGUGCAGGCAGGACGCUGCAGGGCUGGACAGCACCAAGACCAGCCCACCGACUCCCUGCAGCAGGUGUGCAGGCAGGACGCUGCAGGGCUGGACAGCACCAAGACCAGCCCACCGACUCCCUGCAGCAGGUGUGCAGGCAGGAGGCUGCAGGGCUGGACAGCACCAAGACCAGCCCACCGACUCCCUGCAGCAGGUGUGCAGGCAGGAGGCUGCAGGGCUGGACAGCACCAAGACCAGCCCACCGACUCCCUGCAGCAGGUGUGCAGGCAGGAGGGUGCAGGGCUGGACAGCAACAUGAGCUGCUGAUGAUGAGUGGCCAGGAUAAGCAGGAGCAGACUGUUGUCGGUGGCAGGAGAGUCAGUGGUCCUCGGAAGCAGCUUGUUGCUGGCAACUCCAGCAACAAAGGAGAGAGGAAGUUUGAGUGUCUGGAGUGUGGAAAAGGAUUCACCUCGAGGCCAGGCCUCAAAUAUCACACCCAUAAACACACAGGUGUUAAAAACUUUGAAUGUAAGGAUUGUGGAAAAAAGUUCAGUUCAAAGGGUUCCCUUAAUAAACACACCCUUAUACACACAGGUAUGAAAAACUAUGAAUGUGAGGAAUGUGGAAAAAAGUUCAUCAAAAAGGGUUACCUUGAUUCACACACCCAGACACACACUGAUGUAAAAAAUCAUGAAUGUAAGGAAUGUGGAAAAAAAUUUAGGCGGAAGGAACAUCUUCGUUUACAUGCUCUUACACACACUGGUGUAAAAAACUAUGAAUGUAAGGAAUGUGGAAAAAAAUUCAACCAAAAUAGUAGCCUUAAAACACACACCUUUACACACACUGGUGUGAGUAACCAUAAAUGUAAGGAUUGUGGAAGAUAUUUUAUCACCAAAGGUCGCCUCACUGCUCACGCCCAUACACACACUGGUGUAAAAAACUACGAGUGUAUGGAAUGUGGAAAAAAAUUCUCAUCUGGGACAUGUCUUAAGAGACACACAAUUACACACACUGGUGAAAAAAAAUAUAAAUGUGGGGAAUGUGGAAAAAUGUUUGGCCUGAAGAGUAACCUUACUCAGCACAUCCGUAUACACAGUGGGGUAAAAAAAUAUGAAUGUAAGGAAUGUGGAAAAAAGUUCAUCUCGAAGGAUAUCCUUGAUAAACACACCCUUACACACACAGGUGUGAAGAAAUUUGAAUGUAAGGAAUGUGGAAGAAAAUUCAGCAGGAAGGAUGUCCUUGAUAAACACACUCUUACACACACAGGUGUUAAGAAAUUUGAAUGUGCGGAUUGUGGAAAAAAAUUCAUCGGAAGGGUAGGCCUCGUCACUCACAGCCUAACACACACUGGUAUAAAAAACUUUGAAUGUAAGGAAUGUGGGAAAAAAUUCAGCUGGAAGAAUAACCUCAAUGCACACAUCCGUACACAUACUCGUGCAAAAAAAUAUGCAUGUAAGGAAUGUGGAAAGAAAUUCACCCGCAAAGCUGACGUCGACUCUCACACCCUUACGCAUUUUGGUGGAAAACCGUAUGAAUGCCAAGAAUGUGGAAAAAAAUUUAGCCAAAAGAGUUACCUUAAUAAGCAUACACUUACACAUAUGAAAAAUCAUGAGUGCAAAGAGUGUGGGAAGAGAUUCACUGUGAGGUCGGCCCUUGACCAGCACAUCUUUGGGCACUCUGGCCUUCGAGAGUUCAAGUGUGAUGUUUGUGGGAAACUCUUUAAGAAGAAGAUUGGCAUUACUAAACACAUGAAGACCCACUUCUAAGGUGUGUUUACCUACAAUAGUUAUACUGACCAGUUUGUAAGCAAAAAUUAAGUCUGAAGAAGAAAGCUGAGUGAGGGAGUGGGAAAAGCAGUCAUGUAAGAUCAAGAAAGUUUGUCUUCUUUAUGUAUACAUUUUGUCUCACUCCACGGAUGGUGUAGAUGUGUUGGGAUAAGGUUUGUAAUGCCUCGCACUCAACUAUGGUUCUAGAUUGAAUCUUGGGGUGCUGGUACUCUAGCGUGUGUGAAAGGAGGGUCGAUGAGACCGUAGAAUUAUGCUACUAGAGUGUCCUAGGUAUGAUAGGGCUAGGCAGAGUAUGGUAGGAAUGAUAACAGGAAUUUGGAAUUUGGCCACAUGGAGCGAAUGGAGGAGAGUAAGAUGACCAGAAAGGUGUAUACGAGUGAGAUAGAGGGAGGGAAUGCUAGAGGAUGACCUCCUGUGAAAUAGAGGGAUAGGGUGCAAGAGUACAUUAGGGAGAGGGGGCAAAGAUCUUUAAGAAACUUUGAGUAGGCAAGGAGGGUGUGUCUGGAUAGAGAAAGUUGGAAGCUCUUCUGCCGUGGCCAUCCCCUGGUGGGAGCUCCUAGGAGCAGGCGUCGAUGAAAUGAUGAUGAUGAUGAUGAUGAAUUUGGAACAGAAGUAUGGAAUAGGAUACUAGAGGGGAAUGUAGAAAGGGUGAUAGAACUCUUCCUAGGUCUGAGUACACUGCAGACAGGGACCAAAAGAACAAUAGAGGGGGUUAAGGAAUUCCUAGAGAGAGCCUGGGCAGUGUGCACCAGAUAGGGUGGACUCCUGUAGAUGUCCCCGCCUGUGCCUCUACGGGCUCUACUAAGGCUGUAUUCGUUUGGAUUUUCAGGGUGUUGGCCAUGAGGGAGUAAACUGUUACAAAGGCUAUGGUUGAACCGAAAGGGACAACUACCUCCCAAACCAACACCAAGUCAAUUUUUCGUACUUUCCACAGGUGUUUUACUACUGUACAUCUUUUCAUUAGUUCAUUAUUCACACUGAAAAGCAUUUAUCUCUGAAUUUCUUUAUUUAUGUUUUCCCACUGGUCAAAUAGUUUAUGCUGGUUCCUGAUGCUUUCAUUUUUUUCACAGUAUAUUAAGAAGUGCUCCAAAGUUUCCAUUUCUCAGUUACUUAGUUGAUAUUUUUCUUCACCUUCUCUAAGGAAUUUGUUCCUCGAAUAUCGUUGUAGCAUUAUGUGGGGGCUUUCUUCAUUACGUGUGAUUCCUCACUUGUCAAACCAUUUUUCUUCUUUUAUGUUGUGUUUGUAGAGUUUGUACCAGCUGAGUGUAGAUUUAUUUUCCAUUGACUUAUUUCCAUAUGUUUGUAUCCCAUUCAUUGAUUUUACUUUUUAUUUGUUCUUCAGUUAGUAGGUUAAUCUGUUUGUAUCAAUACUUACCUUGUCCAUGUAAAAUUUGACUUGCUUAGCCAAAUUACUUUGUCCUUUAUCCAGUUGCUGGAGGGUUAUUUCUUUUAAGAGGUUAUUGUGUUCUUCUAUUGUGUGUUUUACAAAUAAGCUGCCUUGCAUGUCUGGAGGCUGCAGAGGAUGCUCCCACUUCUACUGUGAGAGCUGAUUCAGCUGUGUCGUGUAAUAGGUGCAACAUGUUCCUGCAUGCCUGGUUGUCUACUGUAAGCUUUGCCGUUCCUGCUUGGUGUAUACCAUGACCUCAGAAGUGUAGAGGAAUCCCAGCAUUACUAGUACUUUCCACAAGGCUUUUCCAAUCAGAAGUCAGUUACAUGAAUUGCCUCAAUCAAAGCACAGAAUAUUUCUCAGUUGUCUUGCCUUGCUAAACCUUUUAAGGUUCAAGGAAGCAAUUUCUACUGGAAAUAAUUUUAACUCAGCUACUUGUAAUUUUUAUGCCAUUUGUUUUUGUUGUCGAGUCUUUGGUCUUGUUGCUGUAAAUCAGGAUAUUGCUCUUGUUUUUGUUGAUCUUGCAGCCACAAUCUGCUCCAUAGACAGUAAAGAAAAAGUGUCAUUUACAUAUACAGCAUCAGUUUUACAAAUUUCAUUCUUAAAGCUAACAUUUUCCUGUAGUUUUCUUAUAAUGUAGCAGGUGAUGAGGAGGAAUAGGGUUGUAGACCUGUUACAUCCCUACCUCAUUACAGAUAUCACUUAAAUUUGUGCUUGCUCUCUUUCAUUUAGAUAUAAUUUUGUUUAAUCUAUUGUAUAUAUUUUUGCUAUUGCAUCCAUUAUUUGUACAUGUAUGUUGUAUUUCAUUUAAAGUUCAGUUACUAUGCAUUUCAGGGGCCUUGACCCAUCGCUUUUCGCAAAUAUCUUAUAAAGAAGCAGCUUGAGCAGUGUGGUAUUUUGGCACAGCAUUUUUUUUUUAUUUAUUUUUUUUAUUUUUUUAUUUUUUUUUUUUUUUACGUCACUGCCUGUUGCGCCGGUAGGCAUCUUCCUGGUGGGGCCUGAUGGUCAGCCCAAGGCUUCUACCAGGUGGGGCCUGAUGGUCGGCCCAGCCCGUUCUGGCGCAGGCGAGUGUUUAUAGUGGCGCCAUCUUGCAUUGGCUCAUGCUGCCCCCCGGAACUCGUUCUUGAUUCGCUUGGACGGCUUCCUCUAGAGUCCGGGUUAAUGGGUGGUCUUCAGGACAGCAUGUGGGUAGUUUUAAGCCACUCGGCGGUGA